AUGGGUAACUACAGGUUCAGAUUGUCAGAUAUGAUGCCGAAUGCUUGGUUCUACAAGCUUAAGGAUAUGAGCAGCCGCGGCAGAAGAAAUCAUUCCUCCCUGAAGAAGCACCACCAGAAUGUGGCUGCACCCUCUUCCUCUUAUUCACCUCGCACUUCUUCGUCUUCCACUCAUAAGUCCCGCAGAAAAACCAUCUACAGGCCUUCUUCUCCCACUCCUGCGUGGACACUACCCACUCACAUUCCCACCCAUUCUCCGUAUGUCGAUAACGAUAUCGACGCUUCCCCUGAACCUGACUACAUCUACCAGCGUCUUCAGCAUCAUCACUGCCCAUCUCACUCGUCAUCUGAAUCUGAUAGCGAUGGCGAUGCCUUAGCCUCUUUCGAUUGUAAACUCACUUCUUCCACCACGGACAUUAUAAUCGACAUUAACCAAGAUCAAAGCACAUCUACUAAUUCCACUCCACGGCCUAUCCUUCCGGUUCCUCCCAUCCUCACAAAAGCAUCUUUUACAAGACCAAGACCAAGACCAAGACCAAGAUCAAGAGCUUCCUCAACUUCGAGUUCCCAGGAACAGACACAAAAGACCAGUCCCGCCAGAAUGAGGAAGCCAGGUAUUAAGGUUCGAGGUAACUCUCCGAGGAUUCAAGUUGGUCAGGCCCAGGCGAGAAAGAGCGUAUCCUCUGUAAAAUUCAGUAAUAAGAAUCUGGCGGACAGCUUUGCGGUAGUGAAGUCAUCCGUGGAUCCACAGAGAGACUUCUGGGAAUCGAUGGUGGAGAUGAUUAUGGAAAAUGACAUCAGUGCUUCCAAGGAUUUGGAAGACCUGCUUGCCUGUUAUCUGUCCCUCAAUCCUCCCUACUAUCACCCUUACAUUGUCAAGGCUUUCGAACGAAUCUGGUUUCAUAUGUCUAGCCUAAGCUUGUAG